UAUCUACUCGGCUCAAGAUAGCAAGCACUUCCUCCUCUCUCAGUACUUGUUUGCCUUAUUUCCAUUGACUCCAUGCCAGUUUCCUAAGUAAAUACAGAUGCAAAAAAAAUUAAGAUCUCCCCCAUUUCUUUCAGUUCCAUACAUAGCCGACCACUCUGAUCUUCAAGAGGACCAAUUUUAUCCCUUACUAUCAUUUUUCUCUUAACAUAUCUGAUGUAGCUCUUUGGAUUAUCCUUCACCCUGACUGCCAAAGCAACCUCAUGUCUUCUUUUAGCCCUCCUGAUUUCUUUCUUAAGUAUUUUCUUACUUUUUGUAUACUCCUCAAGUACCUUAUUUGAUCCCUGUUUCUUAUACAUGUCAUAAUCUUUCUUUCUGUUUAUCAGAGUUCCCUCGAGAACCAAGGUUCCUUAUUCUUAUUCAUUUAGCCUUUAAUCCUGAGACUUUGUUCCCAGGGUGUCCUCAUGGGCCGUCCAGAAAUGAUUUCAGCUGGUGACAACCCUGUUCUUCGCUGUGGGGUAACCCUCAUGUGGAAUCGGGAUAAUGGUCGGACCUUCAACAAAGUUAAAAAUGACAAGGAAUUUGUCUACGGGAAUCUCGAACACUACACGCCAGUUUUGCUGUCUCUGUCCAGAUAUUUAAGAAGUGGAGCAAGGGAUUCACUCGACCAUCCUUCCUGCUCAGACUGUGGGAAGGGAUUCACUCGAUCAUCCUUCCUGCUCAGAUAGUGGGGAGGGAUUCACUCGAUCAUCCUUCCUGCUCAGACAGUGGGGAGGGAUUCACUCGAUCAUCCUUCCUGCUCAGACAGUGGGGAGGGAUUCACUCGAUCAUCCUUCCUGCUCAGACUGUGGGGAGGGAUUCACUCGAUCAUCCUUCCUGCUCAGACAGUGGGGAGGGAUUCACUCGGUCAUACAUCCUGCUCAGACAGUGGGGAGGGAUUCACUCGGUCAUACAUCCUGCUCAGACUGUGGAGAGGGAUUCACUUGGUCAUCCUUCCCACUCAGACUGUGGGGAGGGAUUCACUCGGUCAUCCUUCCUGCUCAGACUGUGGGGAGGGAUUCACUCGGUCAUCCUUCCUGCUCAGACUGUGGGGAGGGAUUCACUCUAUCAUCAGACGGACUGCCAUGUCUGCCAUUUUAAACGGGGGUGUUGGGGGGGAACCUGUUCAUCUGCUCAGACAGUGGGAAUGGAUUCAGUUGGACAUUUCAACUGAAGGGACAUCAGCAAGUUUAUACUGGGGCAAGGCCAUUCACCUGUUCUGUGUGUGAGAAGGGGUUCAGUCGGUCUUCCCACCAGUGGACACACCAAUUAGUUCACAGCGGGCAGAGUCUGGUCAACUGCUGAAUUUCUGGGAAAGGAUUCACUCGGUCAUCUGACCUAAUGGCUCACCAGCGAGUUCACACCGGGGAGAGUCCGUUCACCUGCUCAGACUGUGGGAAAGGAUUCACUUGGUCAUCUAACCUGAAGAAACAUCAGCGAGUUCACACUGGAGAGAGGCCAUACACCUGCUCAGAAUGUGGGAAAGGAUUCACUUCCUCAGAUAAACUGAAGAUUCAUCAGCGGGUUCACACUGGGGAGAGGCCGUUCAUCUGCUCAAACUGUGGGAAGGGAUUCACUCAGUCAUCUAAACUGAAGGAACAUCAGCGAGUUCACACUGGUGAGAAGCUGUUCAUCUGCUCAGACUGUGGGAAGGGAUUCACUCGGUCAUCCAACCUGCUGGCACACAAGUCAGUUCACACUGGGGAGAGGCCUUUCACUUGUUCAAACUGUGGGAAGGGAUUCUCUUUGUCAUCCCAACUGAAGGGACAUCACCGAGCUCACACUGGGGUUUGGCCAUUCAUCUGCUCAGACUGUGGGAAAGGAUUCACUAAGUUAUCAAAACUGGAGGUACAUCAGCGAGUUCACACUGGAGAGAGGCCAUUCACCUGCUCAGAAUGUGGGAGGGGAUUCACUCAGUCAUCUAUUCUGAAGUUACAUCAGCGAGUUCACACUGGGGAGCGGCCGUUCACCUGCUCAGACUGUGGGAGGGGAUUCACUUGCUUAUCUAAUCUGAAAGGACAUCAGAGAGUUCACACUGGUGAGAGGCCAUUCACAUGCUCAGACUGUGGGAAGGGAUUCAUUCUGUCACACGAACUACUGGUACACAAGUCAGUUCACACUGGGGAGUGGCCGUUCACUUGCUCAGACUGUGAUAAGGGAUUCUCUCAGUCAUCCCAACUGAAGGUACAUUAGCGAGUUCACACUGGAGAGAGGCCAUUCACCUGCUCAAACUGUGGGAAAGGAUUCACUCAGUCAUCCAAGCUGAAGGUACACCAGCGAGUUCACACUGGAGAGAGGCCGUUCACCUGCUCAGACUGUGG